UUAUAAUUUCUUUGUAAACCUCAUGCUUUUCGUUGGGGGUUAUAUGAGCAUCAAAGAGACAGUGACAGAAAGAGGCAGGGAAGGUGAGAAGUAGAGGAUGCACACCGGCCCCAGCAGAAGAAACCACAGUUUGAACUGUGCUUUACGGAGCUGGCUCUUGUUUUUGGUGAUUUAAGACAUAAACUCAUACGUGGUAAAGCAAACGGGUGUACGGUAUGAUGGACGGCACGGCCUCCCUCCCUGUCUCUGAAUCCUGCUCUUUUGCCCUGAAAGAAAGCGCUGUUCAUUUUCUGCUGUGCCUGCCCAAGAGAAAUAUCCUGCACAUUUUCACAUCCUUAGGAUAGGAAAGCUACAUGUUCAUUCUGUGCAUUGCGUAAUGUUCUGGGUUUGUGCAGUGAAGUCUUCGCAUGAAGAUAGGGUAGUUAUUCAACCAGUCCCCCGUUGAUGAUUAACAUUCAGGUUCUUUCCUAUUUUCUUUCUCAACCAAGCUGUGGUGGACAUCUGUGACUUGCAGCAGUGGGCUGUGGGGCUCCCAUCCACAUGGGUGUCCGAUCUGCCCCCACUUGAGUCUGGUCUUCCUUCCCUGUGGCCCUGGCCAGCCUGGCACCACACCGCCUGACCUCUCCCUUUGGUCUCAGCCCAGGCAGCCUUCAGAAAGACGCUGGAGAAGGAAGCAAAAGGAGCCGAGCCGGACAUCGCUGUCCCCAAGUUCCAGCAGAGGAAGUGGGAGUCUGACAGGGCCUAUAUCCAGCGAAUGGAAGAGGAGGCCCAGCACGUGCUCUUCCUCAGCAAGAACCAGGUGGCCCGGCAGCCCGAGGUGCAGGAAGCUCCCAGAAAGAAGUCGGAGCGGAAGAAAGCCUUCCAGAAACGGCGGCUGGAUAGAGUCCGGCGGCGGAGGGAGGAGAAGGCCGCAGAAGAGCUGGAGCAGGAGCUGUUCCGAGACACGGUGCAGUUUGGCGAGGUUGCCCUGCAGCCCCCAGAGCUGACCGCCCAGCCCAGGACAAGCACAAGUCGGGGUCAGCCUGGGAAGAAAUCGCUGAUGCUGAGGAUGCUUUUGAGCCCUGGUGGCGUGUCCCAGCCUCUGACCACGUCACUGGCCCGGCAGCGGAUUAUUGGGGAGGAGAGAGAGCGGGCCGUGCAGGCCUACAGGGCGCUAAAGAAGCGGCAGGGAGCUCAGUCACCGCAGCCGCCCUGUUCCCCCCACUUGGCUUCCAGGAGGAAGGCAGAGACGCAUCUGUGACGGCAAGACCAGGGCCUCCACACCUGGGUUUGGGGAGGACGUAGCUGGCCUGGAACACAUGCUGGGACUCCCAGGCCCUCCAAGUACUCGCUCUCCAGUGCAGAAGAGGGCUCUGGGCCUUUGCUCUCCCGUUUUUUCUCCCUAAGAGGGCUUUUCUGUGAGUGACCAUUUGCUGGGCUGUCCCUCACAGAGCAUGAUCUGUCCCAGGUGUCCGUAGAGUGGCCAGCACAUCUGGGACACAGCCAGUCGGGCACCCCUAGCAUCGUUCAUCGCAGCUGUGUUCUGAAUACACAGGUCCAGGCUCACAUAACCCAGGGCCGCUUUAGGGGGGACGAUCCCAUAAUCCUGUCCUUCAACGCCAGUCUGCUGGAGACACUGCAGAUUUGCUCAGCUGAAUCUAACUGAAGCUCCGUGUGUUUAACAGUGCAGCUCAGCUGGAAGCAUAGGCCGGAGGCGGGGGG